AUAAAAAAAAUGGAUCAAUGUACCAAUGGACAUGCCAACAUCAAUCAUGAUAYGACGGACCCAYUGAAUUGGGGUGUCGCUGCGGCGGCGUUAAGCGGAAGCCACCUGGAGGAGGUGAAGAGAAUGGUCGGGGAGUAUCGGAAUACAGUGGUGAGGUUGGGUGGCGAGACGCUGACUAUUGCCCAGGUAGCCGCGGUCGCCACCACCAACGUUCAGGUUCAGCUGUCGGAAUCCGCUCGUGCCGGAGUUACAGCCAGCAGUGAKUGGGUUAUGGAYAGCAUGAAGAAAGGAGGAGACASCUACGGUGUCACMACCGGUUUCGGUGCCACCUCUCACCGGAGAACCAAGGAAGGUGGUGCUCUUCAACAGGAACUCAUUAGAUUCUUGAACGCCGGAAUCUUUGGUACCGGAGCGGAAUCAGACCACACGCUGCCGCAAUCCACCACAAGAGCCGCCAUGUUGGUCAGAAUCAACACCCUCCUCCAGGGCUACUCCGGCAUCCGAUUUGAAAUCAUGGAAGCCAUCACAAAAUUUCUCAACCACAGCAUCACCCCAUGCCUACCCCUCCGUGGCACAAUCACAGCCUCCGGCGACCUGGUCCCACUAUCGUACAUUGCCGGAAUCUUGACCGGCCGCCACAAUUSCAAGGCCGUUGGCCCCGCCGGAGAAUUGCUUGAUGCCGUCAGUGCUUUCAAUCGUGCCGGUAUCKAUACCGGAUUUUUCGAGCUACAACCUAAAGAAGGGYUUGCGUUAGUGAACGGGACCGCGGUUGGGUCCGGUUUGGCUUCUGUGGUUCUUUUUGAAGCUAACAUCCUCGCGGUCUUAUCGGAGGUUUUGUCGGCCAUUUUUGCCGAAGUUAUGCAAGGAAAGCCUGAGUUUACAGAUCAUCUGACCCAUAAACUGAAGCAUCACCCCGGCCAGAUUGAGGCUGCGGCGAUCAUGGAGCACAUUCUUGACGGUAGCUCCUACGUAAAAGAAGCAAAAAAGAUACACGAAAUGGAWCCGCUUCAAAAGCCGAAGCAAGAUCGUUACGCCCUUCGUACAUCACCGCAAUGGCUUGGUCCACUUAUUGAAGUGAUACGGACAUCGACAAAAUCGAUCGAGAGAGAGAUUAAUUCGGUGAACGAUAACCCCUUGAUCGACGUUUCUAGAAACAAGGCACUUCACGGAGGGAAUUUUCAGGGUACCCCGAUAGGAGUGUCGAUGGACAAUACACGGCUAGCCGUUGCAUCCAUAGGAAAGCUCAUGUUUGCACAGUUCUCCGAGCUCGUAAACGACUUUUACAACAAUGGGUUGCCAUCCAAUCUCUCUGGAAGCCGUAAUCCAAGUCUGGAUUACGGUUUCAAAGGAGCAGAAAUUGCCAUGGCGUCCUACUGUUCGGAACUCCAGUUCCUCGCAAACCCUGUAACCAGUCACGUGCAAAGCGCAGAGCAACAUAACCAAGACGUGAACUCGUUAGGGUUGAUUUCUUCACGGAAAACAGCCGAAGCGGUCGAGAUUGUGAAACUCAUGUCAUCGACUUACUUGGUGGCACUAUGCCAAGCAGUCGACUUGAGGCACUUGGAGGAAAACCUCAAGUCGACCGUCAAGAAUGUGGUUAGCCAGGUGGCGAAGAAAGUCUUGACCACGGGYMACAACGGCGAGCUUCACCCAUCUCGCUUUUGCGAAAAGGAUUUGCUCAAAGUGGUCGACCGUGAGCACAUCUUUUCGUACAUCGACGAUGCGUGUAGUGCAACUUACCCUCUAAUGCAAAAGUUACGACAAGUUAUAGUCGAGCACGCCCUUGCAAACGGUGAGGCCGAAAUGGAGUCGAGCACGUCAAUCUUCCAAAAGAUCASGGGUUUCGAGCAAGAACUCGAAGCCCUUUUGCCGAAAGAAAUCGAAAGCACUCGGGUCGAUCACGAAGGUGGAAAAUUGGCGAUCWUUAACAGAAUCGAAGAAUGUCGAUCGUACCCGUUGUAUAAGUUYGUGAGGACUGAACUUGGAACCGGUUAUUUGACCGGCGAGAWGAYGGYGUCGCCSGGAGAGGAGUUUGAAAAGGUGUUCUCGGCGAUCUGUGCCGGAAAAUUGAUCGAUCCACUGUUGGAUUGCUUGAAGACGUGGGAUGGGAAGCCACUUCCCAUUUCAUGAUGAAGUUGAAAUAAAAAUACGUACAUUGGAUUAUGGUUUGUGUUUGUAAUUGUAAUUUACAUGAAAUCACACAUUUUUAUAUUAAGUUUGUAAUUGAUAGGAUUUUGUGUCUUUAAAUAUGAACCUUUUAAAUCUGUAUAUUCAUCUUAAAC